AUGUUCAUUUUGAUACAAUUAUUUCCUAAUUAUCAUGAUCGUUUUCGACCACAAAUACCAUCUAGAACAACUACACAAAUUGUAAUACCUUCUUCAACAACGAAUAAUGAAAGUAUCGUAAUUGGUGAUGAAGAUAUUAAUCUUCCACAUAUAUAUUUUAAAGAAAAAGUAGAAUUUACACCAUCUGAUUCACAAUUAAAUACAGACGAGUGA